CUGCGACUCAAUUCAAGCGAGCGCUGACGUUGUUAUGUCAUUUCGCAGGGGUCUCUUCUUCUCCAACAGCCAUCGUCGCUGCGAGCGAGGCUGGUUUGGAUGACCGUCUACGUUGACAAGAUGUUUACGGCCUAUUCGCCCUCGACAGACCCUCUCGAGCUGGCGCUGGCGCCUCCUCCAGACGAGUCUGAGCAGGAUCGCCGCAACAGACUCGCUGCCGAGGCAGAGGCGAAACGCAUUUCAGACAUCAUCGACGAAGAGAUCCAACGUCAGGAGAAGACAGAAAAGAAGGGCCCAAAGCCAAUCAAGAUCCUCCUGCUGGGCCAGAGCGAAUCAGGGAAGUCCACGACACUGAAGAAUUUUCAGCUGAUGAAUUCACCAAAGGCUUUCCGAGCCGAGCGCGCAUCAUGGCGUGCGGUGAUUCAUCUUAACGUCGUGCGUUCCAUCCGACUCAUCCUCGAGGCCAUGUCCGACGCGCACGCCGCCCAAGUUCCCGGCGCUAAAUUCCUCACAUCUCACUCCUCCACACGCGCGUCUAGCAGCCGCAGCCUACUCGAUCCCGAUGGUGGCAUCCCGCGCGCAUUGCCACAGCUCACAGCAGAGCACCUCAAGCUCAAGAUGCGGCUAUCCCCCCUACUCCAGGUCGAGCAGGCACUCAUUCGCAAGCUUACUCCGCCAGGUUCAGCCGAGUUCGAGGCGACACACCUCGCGCAGAUGUCCAACGUGUCAUACAUGGACCGCAUGCACGCCAAGGAAGUCGCGGUGAACACGACCUUUGCGUGGAAGGGCAUCUUCAGUAAGUUCAUGUCCGAUACCCGCGAUAGUAUCGACAGUAGAGAGGCGAUAGACUGGGAUGAUCCAGAGGAUCCGGGGAGGAUCAUUUAUGCCUGCGGCGAGGACAUGAUCCGACUCUGGAACGAUGAUACUAUUCAAGCGCUGUUGCGCGCACAGAAUAUACGCCUCGAAGAUCAGCCUGGAUUCUUCCUAGACUCGUUAGAUCGAGUCACGUCUCCUAGAUAUGUGCCGAGCGAUGAGGAUGUAUUGCGCGCACGUUUAAAGACGUUGGGCGUAACGGAAUACAGGUUCUCAAUCAAAGAAGGCAACAUGGGAGGCGGUACUCGCGAAUGGCGUAUCUACGAUGUCGGUGGUCACAGGUCUCUGGUACGAGCGGCGUGGGCGCCAUACUUUGACGACAUGAAUGCGAUCCUGUUCCUGGCACCCAUCAGUUGCUUUGACCAAAUGCUCGAGGAGGACGCAAACGUCAACAGAUUGGAGGAUUCUGUACUCUUGUGGAAGUCGAUCGUGUCGAACCCGCUACUCAAGAAGACAAGCAUCGUCUUGUUCCUGAACAAGGUCGACAUCUUCAAAGCGAAGCUGGAGGCAGGCAUCAAGCUUGGGAAGUACAUCGUCUCGUACGGCAAUCGGCCAAAUGACUUUGAGAGCACGUCGAAUUACCUGCGGCGGAAGUUCGCCCAAAUUCAUAAGGAACGAUCACCCGAGCAGCGGCAAUUUUAUUGCCAUUUUACUACUGUAACCGAUACCAAAUCGACUCAGCACAUCCUGGUUGAUGUGCAGGAUACCGUGAUCAUCAAGAAUCUGAAAAAUAGCAGUCUCAUUGCUUGAGGUUACUUGACUUAUUGGUGCUUUUUCUUGGCUGUAUAACAUACUCGCGCUUGAUACCUAAGUCUUCUGCGCUAUGACUGUAAUUUAGAUACCUCCAGUGCGUCCGUUCUGAUAAAUCUAUGUAGAAUCUCGACUAUAACCAUCGACCGA